AGGACAGACAGGGUAUGCUGUGACUCCAACUGCAGCCACUGCGGCUACAUAUACGGCUCAAAGAGCUGGUACUGGAUAUGAGACUGCAUACCAGACUGCUGCUACUCAUACCACAGCUGGCACAUAUGCAGGUUGGUACCACUACAACUUACCAGACCAAGAGGAAACAUCCAUGUCUGGUGAAGGGAACAGAAUAAAAAAUUGGCGGACCGAUCCUACAGUUGUUCCAAAUUGUAUACCUAACCAAGAACAAGUGGGUGCAGGAACACCAACGGCAGCAACAACUUAUGAUUAUGGUUACGGGCGGACCGCGCAGACGGCAUAUGACAGCACGAAGACGUAUUAUCAGCAGCCCGCCGCUGCGGCCGCCACGUACUCGGCCACCGACACUCAUUAUCAAGCAUCAAAACCAGCGUUCAGCACAACAAGCACGUACACUGCGACAACUCGGCAGGUGACUCAAGCCACUCCUAAAGCUGCGUCUUACAGUUCCGCAUAUACUACACAAGGGGCUCAAGGAACGAAUUAUUCGACAGGUUAUACUGCUGCUGCUGCUCAGACCACAAAUACCACUAAAGGUUCCUAUAUAGCAGCUGCCAAUACGACAUAUUCAGGAUAUGACGCGGCAUUGUAUAGUGCUGCCACCAUGUAUGUGGCACAGCAAGCACAAACUGGAGCUGCAACUGGAGCAGCUACUGCGGCUACUGCAAAUACAGGCGCUGCAAAAUCAACUGGCUCUUGGCAAGGAUACAAGAAGGGUCCAAUUCCUGGUGGCAUGAAAACUAUGAAACCAAAGCAACCUCCUAAACCGCAGCAACUUCAUUACUGUGAUGUUUGCAAGAUCAGUUGUGCAGGCCCACAGACUUAUCGUGAACAUCUGGAAGGCCAGAAGCAUAAGAAAAAGGAAUCUGCGUUGAAACUGGGGUCGGCUCCAGCAGCUCGAGGAGGCAAUGCUCUUCGCUGUGAGUUGUGUGAUGUGACUUGUACCGGCUCAGAUGCCUAUGCUGCACAUAUCCGUGGGGCCAAACAUCAAAAGGUGGUGAAGCUGCACACUAAGCUUGGAAAGCCAAUACCAUCAACAGAACCUGUGGUUGUGGGUGGUGGAAUUAAGACAACAACAGGUACAACAGCAUCCACUACUACCCCUGUAAAAACUGUGACAGCCACUGCAGCAAAACCUGCAAUACCAGGGGCUGCCAAGAAAACUGUUACUGCAGCACCUAAGAUUAAUUUUGUUGCAGCUGGAUCUCUAGGAACAGUGGGAACAGCAGCUACAGGAAUUAAAAAUGAGCCUACUGAAGUGAAAUCUGACGUUAAGGAAGAGCCUGCCAUGUCUGACUCGGAACUCACUCUUAGUGAUAAAGAUGUCCAACCAGUAGGUCAGGAUUAUAUUGAGGAAAUUAAGAAUGAUGAAGGUAAAGUAAUCAGUUUUAACUGCAAAUUGUGUGAAUGCCGAUUUAAUGACCCAAACGCAAAGGAAAUGCACAUGAAAGGUCGUCGUCACCGGCUUCAGUACAAGAAAAAGGUGAAUCCAGAAUUGGUUGUGGAUGUGAAACCCUCUCUACGGCAGCGGAAGCUUCAGGAAGAGAAACUGAGGAGGCAGCAGAUGAGGGAUGAGUACUGGAGACGCCGUGAUGAGGAAAGGAUGAUGGAAGAGGAAGAAAGGAUGUACUGGGAGGAGCGCCGUCGAUAUGAAGAGGAAGUGGAGUACUUCGAAUGGUACCGUCGUUACGGAAGAGAUCCUCGAGGCUUACCACCACCACCACCUAGACCUUUUGGACCAGGUGUGCCACCACUUAUGUUUUUCCCCCAGCCUGUACGCCGUCCUGAUUCGAGUGAUGACCGACAUGUAAUUGCUCGACAUGCUGAAAUAUAUCCAAAAGAAGAUGAACUACAAGCUGUUCAGCGUAUAGUAUCGCACACUGAGAAGGCACUGAAGUUUGUGUCGGACCAUUUGGCUGACUUGGCUACUGCUGCGGCGAAACAGGCAACUGCUGCUAAGCCUGUAAAGGAAGAUGGCCGUGAUGGGAAUCUAUUCUCAUUCCAUCGGGAUAAGGAUGACAGUCAGGUACCACGUGUACUGAAGGGUGUAAUGCGUGUGGGGGUAUUGGCCAAAGGUCUACUCCUGCAUGGUGAUACAGCAGUGAAUCUCGUCGUAUUGUGUGCAGAGAAGCCCACUCGGUCGUUGCUCAAUAAAGUGGUUGAGAAUCUUCCAAAGCAACUCCAGGUUGUUGCUCCUGAAGACACAUACAAGGUUCACCGAAAACUUGAAGAAGCAGCCGUUAUCGUGAUGGGAGUGAAAGAGCCACAUAUCACUGUUACCAUCACACUAACAUCACCAAUUAUGCGUGAGCAGUUGCUGACUCCUCUGGAUGGAAGUGGUGACUCAGUGUCUGUGAGUCAGGCGCAGGCAACCAAGGAUCCGCCAGACGUGCUCGACAAGCAGAAAUGUUUGGAUGCCCUGGCAGCUUUGAGGCAUGCCAAGUGGUUCCAGGCUAGGGCAACUGGACUGCAGAGUUGUGUGAUGGUGAUACGAAUCCUUCGAGAUCUGUGUCAGCGAGUUCCCACCUGGGCACCUCUUAAUAGCUGGGCAAUGGAACUGCUUGUAGAGAAAGUCAUCAGUUCAGCUGCGCAGCCACUGAGUCCAGGGGAUGCGCUACGUCGGAUUAUGGAAGCACUGGCUUCUGGUAUUUUAUUGCCAGGUGGUCCAGGUCUUCUGGAUCCCUGUGAAAAGGAUCCAUCAGAUGCUGCAGGGAACAUGCUGCCUCAACAACGGGAGGACAUAACUGCUUCAGCACAGCAUGCACUCCGAUUGAUUGCCUUCCGUCAAAUACACAAAGUGCUGGGAAUGGAUCCAUUACCACCUCCAAAGUUUACUCGUGGAAGAUUUAACCGUAAACGUAGGCGUGACAAUAGCACUGGAGAAGGCAAUGAUUCUGAAGCUGGAGAUGGCAAAAAAGACAAAAAGGAAGAUCUUGAUGAAAAGAUGGAGACAGAUAAAAGUGGAAAGUGAUCUGUGAAUAAAAACAUCAGUGAAUAUGUUGCUAUAUCAUUAUUAAAAAGAUGUCAUAGAAUAUUGUGUGAGAAGUCUCAUAUUAUCUGUUAAGUGUUUUUCCUGUGCCUGUAAUGCUGUGUGCAAUUUGCAUUCAUCUUAUUUGCAGUUCAUUAGGAUUUUGCACUUACAUGUUUCAGUGCAGUCAGCUGCCUGUGUACUUUCACAUUUGACAUUUAACAAACAUAGUACCAUUCAUUUAUGCCAUGAUCCACAAAUAUUAUAAGGCGUUUUGUAUACUUAGUACAUUGAUACAUCUUUAGUCAUCUGAAUCUAUAAAGCACUAGCCACUUUCUAUCAAGGGAUGUUUUUAUUUUUGUCAGAAUUGUUUUAGACUUUGUGGUGUGUAACUAAGUCAUAGGAAGAGUUUUCUGUGUUUAAACAGUGAAUGUUACUUUUUUUUAGGUAUCCCAAGGUAUCAUUCCUUUGACAUAAUUCCAUUUAUCACUGUAUUUUCCAUUGUGGAAUAAAAAUAUACCACUUUAUCUAGUAUAUUGUAAUUUAAGAAAGUUGCUGAUGUUUUAUAAUUGGUAGAAUUUUACCUUUGCAUACCACUCAAAUCUUUUUGUCACAGGGUCAUUGGUAGCAUACUGUUCCUAUUAAAGAAAUGGUGCUGGAUUGGAAUUUCCUGAUAUGUGUCCUUGGCCAGAUAGAUUCACUACAUAGUCUGUUUCAUUCUUGAAGCCGAAUGUAAAGUAUGAUUAGUAUAGUCUUAACAUGAAAGCCAAAUGUUAAAAGUGGGUGUAGAGCAUUUUCAGUUUGUGAAUGUAUAUUUUUGUGUGUGGCUUCUUGUAAUGUGAUGUCUGCUGAAGAAAAUAUAGAUAAGACUUGUUUAGCUGA